AUGAAGAUCGAAAUCGUUGUCGACCCACGGCCGGCUUCACUGGUUUCUCGUGUCGCACCUGCCCCCGCUGCCGCCCAACCCGCGAGGACUGCCACCACCGCUCGAGGAAGACCCCGGAGAGGACGUGGAGGUGCCCGGAAGGCAGAGAGGACGCCUAAGACGGCUGCAGACCUUGAUGCUGAGAUGGAGGAUUACACCGCGACCAACGCACCCGCUGCAGCUACCUAA